AUGGCGGAUGUUCAGGAACGCCUCAAGAAGCUCGGUGCUUCCGCUCGUAUCGGUGGCAAGGGUACUCCCCGGAGAAAGGUCAAGCGUGCGCCUGCCCGCUCCGCCGGUGAUGACAAGAAGCUCCAGGCUUCCCUCAAGAAGCUCAAUGUCCAGCCCAUCCAGGCCAUUGAGGAGGUGAACAUGUUCAAGAGCGACGGCAACGUCAUCCACUUCGCCGCUCCCAAGGUUCAUGCCGCCGUCCCCGCUAACACCUUCGCCAUCUACGGCAACGGUGAGGACAAGGAGCUGACUGAGCUCGUUCCCGGGAUCCUUAACCAGCUCGGCCCCGACUCUCUCGCCUCCCUCCGCAAGCUCGCCGAGAGCUACCAGAACCUGCAGAAGGGCGAGAAGGCUGACGAGGAGGAUGAUAUCCCCGACCUCGUUGCUGGCGAGAACUUCGAGAACAAGGUCGAGUAAGAUGUUGUCGAUACCAAAAUCUAAAAACCUUACUACGAAAUUCUGGUCAUCCUGCCUUGUCCCCACCCCAGGUUUAUGAUGAGGAAUAGGGAAGUGAUUUUGCGCUUGCGAUAAUGGAUGGCGGCGUCUACGGUUCUUCGUUGCAUUCAGGCCCCAAACUCAAAGAAAGUUUCGGCCAAGGGAGGGAUAAAAUCAAAGAAAUGGACAUUUGACGGUCCCCCCAAACACUCGAGUUCCAAUACGGCAGAAACAAUGGGACUGUGUAAAGCAAUAGGGUGAAGUGAUGGUGGUGCCGUGUUUGGUAGUAUGCCAUGGAGUAGCUCACUUAGCUAGACUGGUACACGCAAUAGUAUCUCGCCUGAGGUUGACGAACUGGGACUCUGCAUUGCAACAACACACUUUCCUCUUUUACCUCAUCAUACGUCCCUCUUUUCAGCUCUUUGAGGAGCUCCCCUUCCGGGCCAUGAAGACCCUGCGCCACCUCCACAGCCAAACACCACAUCUUCAUGCGGGAGACCGCACUCGCACCCUUGAUAUCAAAUGCUUUCCGGCCUUGAAGUACUCCUCCUAUUAUCCCCUCUUCCACCUCCUUGUUGUAAGUCCAACAAACAGCCAGAUUGGAGGGUGAGAUCUUGUCACUUCUUGCCGUCACCGUCCGCUUGGAGUAGUCAAACUCAUGUUGAGUUGUCUCAAUUUUGAAUGGUGACGUCUUGUAACCGUCAGCCCAGGUCGGGGGGUUGGUUGUAAGGCAGGACAUCCUUCCCAGCGGGGAGGAGUCAAAGUCGAAGCCGUAACAUCUUGUACAGCCCGUCUCUGAGUAUUGCGACUCUGGGAGGACUAAGGAAGUCAAGUAGACGUUCUUGGGGG